AUGACCACGUUCAGCCAGCAGACGUUCGGUCACGCCGCAUAUGCCACCUUCCGGCCUACAUAUCCCGAUUCGCUCUACGAAAGAGUAUUAUCCUACCACAGCGGUGGUCACGAUGUCCUGGUCGACCUUGGCACCGGGCAUGGUCUUGUUGCCCGCAGCUUGUGCGGCGCGUUCACCAAGGUCUAUGGCGUUGACCAAUCCGCCGGGAUGAUCGAGCAAGCACGCCAGAAAACACCGGUAUCGACCAACAUCGAGUACCGUCAGGCAUCCGCCGAGUCACUACCGUUCCUCGAAGAUGGAAGCGUUGACCUCGUCGUAGCAGGUCAGGCUGCACACUGGUUCAACUAUCCACCUCUCUUCGAGGAACUGCGGCGCGUCGUACGUCCAGGAGGGAGUAUCGCGUUCUGGGGCUACAAGGACCCGGUCUUCCCAGGCCAUCCUGAAGCGACUGCCAUCCUCCACCAUUACUCCUAUGGGGAUCAUCCGGAUCUGCUGGGGCCCUACUGGUCGUAUGGCCGCGCUAUUAUUCAGGACAAUCUGCACGCCAUGCAACCCCCGGAUGAGGACUGGACAGACAUUCAACGCGUUGAAUACGAACCAGGGCUAUCAGCGCCUGGGACGGGGAAGGGCACGAUGCUGAUGACAAAAACACUAGCUCUGGAGCAGGUAUUGGGCUAUAUACGCACUUAUAGUGCAUUUCACGGAUGGCAACAGGCGCAUCCCGAGCGGAAAGCCAAGGGUGACGGCGGCGCGGGGGAUGUGAUAGACGAGUGCGCGGAGAAGAUGGUCGCGGCAGAUGAGUCGUGGAGACGAUCAGCGGAUUGGCGACGGGAGGAGGUCAUUGUAGAAUGGGGGACAGCCCUCGUAAUGGCUAGAAGAAGUAGUAUGUAG